ACUGGGAUUCUGUGGUUCUAGUACUAUGUAACUGCUAAGGGCUCAGUGCAGAGGACUCAAUGGGGCCCUAGGGAAGAAAUACAUCAUGAUUAUUGCUGCAAUAUCCUCUCGCUCCUCUCCUACCAAAGAUCUUCCACUGAAUCAUGAAGUCACCAUCUGAGGAGAAGAGAAGGAACCAUGUCAUCACUAUAGAGCCAGAUGAAACUAUCUUGACUGCCUAUCCAUAUAGACCUCAUAGUUCUCUGCUGGAAUUCCUUAAGGGGGAACCAAAGCUUUUAGGGGCCAUCCAGAUUCUUCUUUCUCUAUUCAUUGUAGGCUUUGGAAUUAUAUUAGCCCUUAAUUUCAUCUUUUCAUCCAAAAAAUUUCCUCUCGUGAUCUUCACAGGAUAUCCAUUCUGGGGAGCAGUUAUUUUUUUUCUGACAGGAUAUGUCACAAUAUUCCAUGAUAAACCAAGACAAAUUCUGAAGCGAGAUGUCAUAACCAUGAAUGUCAUCAGCUUAUUCACUGCAUUAGCUGGGACUGCCUUGAUCCUCCUCACCUUUACACAGCACCACAAAUUCUGCCAGACACCCUCCCUUGAAGGACCGUGUGUUGUGGGCAGAACACUUCUCCUUGGAAUUUUGUCAGUCUUAUUAAUCAUCACCAUAGUAGAGUUCAGCAUCUCUGUGACUAUUGUAUCCUUCAGAAGCAGAUGCUGGGCCAGUCCAAGAGAGGUUGUGUUCUUCUUUCCUUCAGAAUGUGCUCAAAAUACUGAACAUCCUGCCCCAGAAGAAAACAAUACAUUACAAUUUGAGUUUCAAGAAAAAUCUUCCAAGGAUAAUACAGCUUCAAGCAUAAAAAGUGUUUUCUUAGGAGGUUAUGCUUUCUUCAAGUUAAGAGUCUCAAGAAAUCCUUCAACUCCCAAAACUAUCCCACAGAAAAGUGAUAAAGGUACAUCUUCUAUGCAUUUUCCAGGGGAACAGGAGGCUAUUCCUCCACUCUCCCCAGAGCAAGAAGCCAAACUGAAUGCUGUACCUCCCCCAUUAACACCACAUUCUUCAGAAGAUAGUCCUUCUCAGAAAGACUCUAGAACUGAUCACCUGAAUGAUGAGGACCUAUCAUCUCUUAUACAUCAGACUUCUGAUGUGCAAUCCAAUUUGCCUGACUAUGAAACUGCAUCAGUCAAAAGUCUUAAAACUCCAUCUUCACAUAAUUUCCUCCAUUUUUUACCUGAUAAUUUGUCAUCUCAAUCACUAAUGGCAUCUCUGUCAACACAAGUCUUACAAUCGAAACAGCCAUCAUUACAUAUUUCACAGUCUGAUGAUCUGAUAUCUGAAGAUUUUCUUUCUGAAAACAUACCAUUUCAAGACAACCAAUCCCAAGACAUCCCUUCUCAACACACCCCAUCCCAAGACAUGCAAUUCCAAGAUAUACUAGCUCAAGACAUAGCAUUGCAAGAGAUUCAAUCCCAAGAGACUCUGUACCAAGAUACACUAACCCAAGACAUACUAUCUCAAAAGACUCCAUCCCAAGAGUCAUCAUACCAAGAUAUACUAACUAAAGAUACAUCACCCCAAGAGACUCACUAUCAAUAUAUAUUAACAAAAGAAAUACCAUUCCAGGAGACUCCAUUCAAAGGGACUCCAUCCCAAGAAACUCCAUCCCCAGAAACUCCAUCUCAAGAGUCUCCAUCCAAAGGGACUCCAUCCCACAGGACUCCAUCCCAAGUGACUACACCCAAGGGAACUCCACCCCAAGAGCUGUCAUUCCAAGAUAUACUAACUAAAGACACAUCAUCUCAAGAGACUCCAUACCAAGAAACUCCAUUCCAAGAUACACUAACUCAAGAUAUACCAUCCCAAGACACCCAAGAAGAGACUCCAUUCCAAAAUACUCCAUCCCAGGAUAUACAAUAUCAAGAUACACCAUCUCAAGACAAACUAUCCCAAAGUUCACAAACCCAAAAUGCAGUACCUCAAGAUAUGCCAUUUUCAGAUCUUCAAAUACCAAACACUCAAGUUCAAAGCCAGCAAUAUCCAGAAGUUUUUUAUAGGGACAUUCGAACAGAAGUCAUGGAGCUAACUCAAGAAUGGAAGCCUGAUCAGGACAUGAAACCCACAAGAAGACUUUCCUUAUCCUUGUCAGGCAAACAUGGGCAAUUCCAUCUCAAGAGAAAUUCUUUGGACCUGCAAGUCAAAAGUGAAAAACCAAGGAGAUAUUCUGAGGACUUACAAAGUAAAAGUUUAAGACGGAAAUCCAUAGAUCAGCAAAUCAAAGCCUGGCUAUCCUCAAAGAAAAAUACCACAGAGAAACAAGAUGCAUAUACACAAACCACAGAGCAGCUCCCACAUCAGCAAGCUGAAGAUCAACAAGCUGAAAGUCAACAAGCUGAAGGUCAGCAGACCAAAGAGAAGGUCCCAAUACAACAAUCCCAAGAUGAGCAAAUCAAAGACCAAAAAUCUGUAGAGGAGCUAUUACCAGAAGAACAUCCUAAUGUCAGAGAGGAUGAAGGUCAGCAGUCUGAUAAAGAGCCACCUCCAAAAGAGCCAGCUAAAGACCAGCAUGCCAAAGAGCAGGAAGUCCCAAAGACACAGCUCCAAAAUUGGCAGGGAGGACAAGUACUAGUAAAGAGAGCCCCAAGGCAGUUGUGUGAUAAUUGGGACUCCCAAAGCUUUCAGUACACAGAAAGUUCAUGCUCAUUCUGGUCAACUCCAUCCUGGCAGCCUAGUAGCCAGAGAUCCCAAGACUGGAUAAGUCAAGGUUGGAGAAACAAAGAUUGGAAAACACAAGAAUGGCAGUUUGAUGUGAAGCCUUCCCUAGACUGGGAAUCCCAAGAGCUAUUAGAGAGAGAAUCUUUAAGGCAAAGGGCACUAUACCAACAAAUCCAACCCCAUACCACCAUAGUUCAUCAGACCCCAUGUCAUCAGUUGCAAAACUUUAUAUUACAAGUAGGCCUGUGUCAAGAUAGCAGGCAACAAGAAUCCGGUGUUUUAAUAGAAGAUGUGCAUGAAGAUGAUGUUCAAUCAGGAGACAGAGAACCAGGAGAUACAGAAGAUACAUGUCAGAAACAAACAGACCAGCAGUCAGAAGACAUGAGGCCAGAUAAUUAUCCUGUUUCUUGUCAGAGCCUGGUUCCAUACACAUAUGCAACCUGUUUAUCCAGCAUAGCUUCAGAGCAAGAGGUGCAGAACAAUACACCUUGCUCAGGUUCAUCCAAAGAUCUAAACGCCACUUCUUCCUCAUCAUAUCAAAGAGAUCAACAGCAAUCUGAAGAGUCAGACUAACAUGCACAUCUAACCAAAAACCACAGAUGCCACAUAAUGGAACCAGAUGAGGAGAAAGUAGUUGAUUCUUCCCUAACCUUGCUGUCUAAUUCAUACAACACAGAUGAAGGGCAUGAAGGACCUUCACAGAACUUGUUCCUUUUUAAAUCAAAAUGACAAGCUAAAAGUUAACACUAUAUCAGAACCUUCUGGGGUUGAAGGAAUAAAUCUCAUGUAAACUGUAAA